AUACAAACAGCUCGAAAGAUUGAUACAGUCAACCAUUUGCAAAAGGCAGAGAACGAUCAGGAUCGCCCACAUAAUACAGCCCAAGAUGCUCUUCAACAACGUCAAGCGUGCGGCAACUUCGCCCAUGCUCUCCAGCACCUGCCAGCAAACCCGCACUUACGCUGUACAACGUACUGCUCUGCCACGCUUGUUCCCGCAGACUGUCGUCCUUUCCAACGGAGCGACUGUCACUAGAAUGACCACCUCACCUAAACCAUCGUACCGUCUAGUUCGUGACAACCGCAACAACCCGCUCUGGAACCCCCAUAUGAACUUGGCAAACCGAUCAGACGAGUCUGGCCGAACGGCAUUGUUCCAGUCUCGUUACGGAUUUGACUUUGGUGGAGCAGAGGAAGAAGGGGAGGACUCUUUUGCGGACUUGCUUGUGGGUGGUGUUGAACCACUCAAAGGAAAGGAAUACCAAAAGAAGAAGAAGGGCAAGAAAUAA